UAUGGUGAGGGUUAGGGAAGUGACAUGGCGACCGAUGUGGCGGCGGGUCGGAACGGCUCGACAAACGACAACAGUGGCGGAGCCGGAGCCGGGGGGUCCGGGAAAGAGUCGGACCGCGACCGAACCGCCUUCGAGUGCAAUAUUUGCCUGGAUACAGCCAGGGACGCUGUUAUUAGUCUGUGCGGUCAUCUAUUCUGCUGGCCAUGCCUGCAUCAGUGGUUGGAAACCCAGCCAAACAGACAGGAGUGCCCCGUGUGCAAGGCAGGCAUCAGCAGAGACAAAGUCAUUCCUCUGUACGGGAGGGGGAGCACCAGCCAAGAGGAUCCCAGGUUAAAAAUGCCACCGAGACCCCAGGGACAGAGGACAGAGCCCGAGAGUCAAGGGCCCUUCCAGGGUUUCGGUGAUGCCGGGUUCCACAUGUCCUUUGGGAUCGGCGCCUUCCCCUUCGCCGGCUUCGCAACAGUAUUCAACAGCAACGUGCACAGCCACAGAGCAGAUUAUAACGGACGUAACCCUGGCAACGGCAACAGCUGGCAGGAUUCUCUCUUCCUGUUCGUCGCCAUUUUCUUUUUCUUCUGGCUGCUGAGUGUGUGAGGAAGGCUAGGCAGGAAGUGAGGUCAUCAGACACCAACCACACGGGGCAAUGCGGGUACAGAGCCCGCCCGCCAAACCCCAAUUUAGGGGAGAGAAUUAAAGGGGAGUGGGGAUAUGGGAGCCAGUUAUAAUAGUGUGGGGGGAGAAAAUACAAUUUUUUUUUUUAAUUUAUUUUUUGAAACAUUCCCUUUCAGAAACUGCACAAUUUCCCUAUUAUUAUUAUUAUUAUUAUUUAUUAUUAUUAUUAUUAUUAUUAUUAUUAUUAUUAUUAAGAAUAAGAAUAAGUUCAGUGGCUCAGAUCUAUGGAAGAAGGUUCAUAAAGUUCUGUGGACAAUCCCCUGGAGGUGAAAUUAAACAAAGCAGAGGCGUGAUUUGAAACGGUGCAAUUCGUCUGCUCACUCUGUCAUAGGGUUAGAAUGAAUGCGAGAUUCCAAAAUGAGAUAAAUGUAGCAGUUGAGAAGUUAAACACUCAACAUUUGCAUAAUAUUAGAUUUCUAGGGCUGCAAAAGUCAGGUUAAUUUUGGCACGAGUAGAAGUGAGUGGCGCGGGGAGUCUUGAUGUAACCCACACACAGACGUAUACGCUCUUUUAAAUAGUGCUUUAUUACUUAACAAUCCAGGAAUAUACACAGGCCUAGAACUGUAUGAUACACUGCCUAUUUAAUACAUAAAUAUCAUUAGCGACUUUUUAGUCCGUUGUCGAGAUCAUUGAGAAGAUUGAUGUACGGUUUUGAAUGGCCUUUGCAUUUGAGUUCCGAGAGGUGCCUCAGUUUUGAUUUUUAAAAGCCGUUGACCCGGUCAGCUGCACCAGUAUUGUGAAUAAAGCGCUGGAAAAACUCAAUGUGGUACAGCUGAUGUCACGCGUUGGGUUUCUCUCUGAUGUGUCGUGGAAUGCAAAGUGAAAAAUGUGCUGUGAUUGGUUGAAAGGUCCUCAGCUGUUGAUAUCAAAACUUUGAGUGUCUCAAAACAUUAUUUAUUGUGAAGAAUAAUAUAAAUUGCUGCUCAGUAUAAACCCCAAACAGUAUGAACAGCUUACAUUUUUUAAAUGUGUAAAACCACCCUCCCUUCCAAAAAAAAAAAAAAAAAUCAAAUUACCAAUCCCACUUUUGUAAAUUUAGAUAAAUGUGCACGUUCAUUUUUUUUCUGUAUAUUGUAUUGUCCAUUCUGAUUUAUUUAAUGGCAAAAUAAGAGAACAAUUAUAUGGUAUUGUUUAAUAAUAAUGGUGAUUUUUACAAACGCAGUAAUUCUAUAAAUCCUACCUGUUGUCCACUUCUUAUUGUUAAACAGGUCUUGGAUAUGUUCUGGCAUUCUCGUAUUUGAUUUAGAAACACCUAGUACUUCUAGGUUGCAAGCCUUGCUUUCAAAUAGUGUUGCACUUCCUUGGUCUCCUGUAGAAUUAAAUUGUUCCCCGCCUUUAAGGGUUUCCUUUCAUUAACCAGCCAGCUGCUGCUCCCUCUAUUGACUGACACACUUUCAGCCAGUAACAUCGCAUGACUCUGGUGAUGUAAAAUGAUCCAGGAAGUGCAUAUUAAAACGUCCAUGUUAACUCUUUCAGAGCUGCCUGUGUAGUUCAUGAGCGUGCACAGCAGGUAAGGUCUGUGGAAUUAUUUUGUCAGCUGCAAUCUCUUUUGAGUUCAUAUUGUGCUGCAGUGGGUAAGGGGGGUUAUUGGGAUGUGUUGUCUUUUUCCAAUGUCUUUGGUGUGCUGAAAUGUACUGACAUUCUUUCAGAUUGUACUGCCCGCUUUCUCCCUGUCUCCGUCUUAAUUACAGGUUUCACAUGUGAGGGUCUGUGGUGUGGAUUGGGCUCCUUUAACAUUCCAAGCGGAACAAGCAAAUGUAACCAGGUGACUGCCUUUCAAAGUAAUCUGUGAUGGCAGUGUAUCGCACGACGCUACCUGUCUUGCAGACAAACAGCUGCCUGGGUUUGGGGUGAUUGCUGCUUUUCUGAGACUGCGGAGGACAGCAAUCCACACAAAACCAAGCAGCUGUUUCUUCGCUUGUUUUACUUUGAAGGGAAAUGAGCGUGAUCAACACCACUGACCCACGUCCGAUUGCCAGCACCUGAUUUCUGUGGAGAGCUGUGAAUAAUCAGGUAAUUGGUUUGUGCAGUGCUAAUGCUGAGAAUCGGAGGGCAACUUCUUAUUAUAUACAGCUCAGGGACAAAUAUGUGAAAGCUCGAACCGGUGUCGCUUUAAAUGAAUACAGUGGCAUAAAUAUUCACGUUUGUAUUUGUUCAUUAAACAGAAUUUUGUAAGAGACUGUGAAAAAGAUACCAAACCAACAGAACACUGAGGUUUGGAAGAUGUAAGACCCAUUUCACAUUAUAGCAGCGAGUUUAACUCUCUUUCAUAGGUGAUCGGGGGAGAUGGGUUUUUAUGCAAUAUGGUACGAAUUAUAUCCUUGUUUUCUCAGCUAAUUUAAAAUGAAGGAGAAAAUGAAAAACACAUUUUCGUUCCAGCCAUCAAAUCACAAACACAAUUGAACUGGACUUCUGCAAGGUGAUGGGAAUGUAAACAAACUGGACAGUGCACUUUGAAGCCGUGUUGUAAUGCUGUUUUCUGCCAUGUUUUGGGAUAUGAGCGGGGGGUAGUCUUAUUGGUGAGACAGCCCCCCCCUCUUUUUGUGUGGGGAGGGUUCAUGUCAUAUAAGGUGCUUUGCCAAAAUUCAGUCCAUCUGUAUUACUUAUAAACUGCAACUCAGUCUUUUUCUGCAUAUAAGCUGAAUGAAUUGAUUGGUAAUUCUUGUCUGUAUCUGUUAAAAUGAUAAGUAGAAAAUACAGUGAAACCUUUUAAUACCACUUGAGAUCACAAAAACAGUGGCAGUAUCAGGAGUUGAUAGCUAGCGUUGAUACAAGAAAUGUUCCUGUUUUGCUGUGGGACUUAAACACAGUACAAAGGAACUGCAUGGAGUACAACAGUAUUCUUCUAUAAGAUUUUCAUUCAGUUCCUUUUACUGUACUGUACAGCUUGUAAUUUGAAAAUCAUGUGAAAGCUGUUAACGUUUCAUUGCAGUGUUCUGUAUUCCAGACUCGUUGUAUAUAACAUUUCAUCUUGCUGAGCGCUACACUUUCGAAUGCAUUUAUUUCCCAAAGUGAUUGUAGUGGGGUGGAAAUCAUUUGUGAAUGACUGAUUUAUAUAAAUGUCAUUGCUGUAA